AUGGGAGACCUACAAGUCGAUUUGAACACAGCACUUGUAGCAGUCAAACAAAAAUGUGUGGACUUGGAUGAAAAGGUUCGACGAGAAAAUGAGAAACAAGAGAACCGUGGUCGUGGGUAUUUGGGAGUCAGGAGAUACAUCUAUGCAUUGACCACAAAACACAACGAGAAUUCUCUCCAACGUCGUGGAAGAUCACUGACAAGAGUUUAUGUCGAGCAGAAGUUUUAUAGAUCUAAAUCUGUCCCAUCUCCUGACCAGGUGCAACGUCUUGAGGAUUGCACUCAAGAUUACGGACCAAACAAUGAGGAACGAUUGGAGUAUGUGGAGACAAUUGAUGCACCUUUAGAUGAACUCAUUAAAGAAGAUCAAUCACAUCAUCAUAUGGUAUCACAGAGACUUCCAAAGGGAAAAGGAGAAUGGGAUCAUGAGUUGGCAGUUUAUGAAGAAGAUGGUGUUUCUGGACGUCUGGAAGAUCGAACAUUGACAUUGAGAGCAGGAGAUCAUCCGUUUGGAAUGAAUCAAUUCAAUGAAGUUGCUGGUGAUGUUAGCGCCAGAAUUGCAAAGUUCUUCUCUGAGAAAGAAGAGAAUCACAUCAGAACUCGUGAAUUGUCUCUUUCUGUUCAUCCAGUCUACCAUCAAAGUAACGGAGAUGCAUACACUUCAUUCGGGAUGUCUCGUUCAAAAUCAAUGGGAUCAGUGGCUCACGAAACUAAACAACAGUCGUCUCAAGUUCAACAACGGUCAGCUGAAACUCAUGGAACGUCCUCGUCAUCGCAUGUUGCCUCUCGGCCACGCCUGGAUCAAGUCUCUUCCACAACCAAAUCAUUGAGCAACUUGUACAGUGUUGACACUCGACACGACUAUCAUUCUCGUUAUGGACAAUACAUGUCAGGCUACGGUCACUAUGGAAAUUCACUUCCACCACCAAAAAAUCAAGAAGUAAUGCCAAAGAUGCCAGUGAAGAAAGAAGAACACAUUUAUGAUCAGCCGAUUCGGAGAACUCACGAACAUACAACAACAACGAAUGUGGAGAACUUCGCAAGUCAUUACGAGAGAAAAUAUGAUUUCAAAUCGACUUUCCCACCCGGCGUUGAAAUGCCAGAAGGAUAUCACGACUAUUAUGACCCCAGCAAGUUCAUGUUCUUGGAUCCAAAAGGCUACUAUCAGGGCAACAUCACUCGACCCCUCCACUAUUCCUAUUCUCGUGACUAUCUUGAAAAGUACUCCGAUUACGAUGGUUCUCGUCGUCAAUCUCCUAUUCCCCCACCAAAAACUCCUGAACCAGAAUACAUUGUCCUUCAAAAAACCGAAGAUCUUCCACAGCACAGUACCCAUUUGACUUUCUCUUUCCCUGAUUACUAUGAUCACUCAACUAGAAUCAUUCUUCGUCGAACUUCUGAUCUGGCUCAUCACAAGUUCAUUGCUCUCAAGCACCCAGACUACUAUGACAACUCGACACGUAUCGUGCUGUCUCAUACGAAGGACUUGGAACAUCAAGAGUUUGAAGUUCCAGAAUUCCCAGAUUAUAUUGAUUUGGCUUCUCGCUAUGUGGCUCUUCACAGAACUGAAGAUCUUCCACACAUGGAAAUACUUGUUCAAGAGUAUCCUCAUUAUCGUCCGUAUGAAACUCAAGAGAUUAUUGAAACUUUUGAUAGUGAACCAGAAUAUGAAGAAAUUUAUGAGCCAGCUCUCAUUGAACUUCAUUAUAACAGAGAUCCAGAUCAGUUCGUUUUCAUUCCAAGUGCUCCAUUGACUCCACCUCCUCCACCACCACAAAUUAUUGAAGAAAUCCACGUGGCGAUCCCAGUUCAAGCCGUUGAAGAACCUCCGAUUCCAGCAGAACGUCAUUACGAUGAGAUCUACAUUGGAAGAGAAGCACUGGAUGUUUCCGUGUCUCCAACAUUCAAUAAAAGUGACGAUCAUCAAAAGAAUUUGGGACUUGAAAAGAGUGUUCAUGAUCGUGUGAGAGAAAUGGAAGAAUCAUUGAGAAAUGAAGACAGACAGCGACUUUUGGAAGAAGAAAAGAGAAGGAAAUAUGAAGAAAGACAAGAAGAAAUCAGAGCAGCCAGAUUGAUUGAAGAGCAACAUGCAUAUAAUGCAUACGAGGAAAUUGAAGAGAGCAAGAACACUCCAGCUCCACUUCCUCAACCAGUACAUGUUCCCGAUGUCUUUGUGAUACCAGAGAAGCCAAAAAGAGCGUGGCAGCCACCUCCAAAACCAGAAGAGGAAUCCGAUGAACACAUUGAUAAGCCACUGGGACCAGUUAUCUUCCACGAAUUGAUCUACCAACAAGGUAUUCUUCGUCGUAAAUUCGAAGAAGAGCAGCGUCAGAAUAUGGCUCGUCCAGUCAGUCAUCCAGUAUCUCGUGCUAAUUCUCGUCCAACAACUCCCGGGUUAGAAGUGAAAUCAAUCGAUUUCCCACGUCUCGAAGGUGUAACAAGUCCAAGAGAUCACAGUGAUUCGGCUGGACAUGUUGAUUAUGUUCAUGAGCGUAUCGAACGGUACAAUGCCUAUGGUGCUUCUGCAGAACAAGAUUCCCAAUUGGAGAAUCGAACCCAUUCGCAUGUGCAUUCCCAUACCGUCAAUGCUCAAACACAUUCUCACAGUCAUUCUCAUGAUCAUCACUCUCAUGAGCAUCAUGCUCAUGGAGACCACGCCCACCGCAUUCAUUCUGAAGUUCAUGUCCAUCCACAAGCACAAAUUCAACACGUUAACUCUGACUCUCAUGUGUAUGAUCAUGUUCAUGGAGCUCAAGGACAUCGAGCAAGUGUUGUUUAUGAUGAACCACACGGACAAGCAGUCUAUGAUGUUCCACACGAUCAAGAACAUCACUAUGACACAAUCCAUCACGGACAUCAUGAGCAUCACCACUCACAACAAAAUGAACAUGACAUUCAAUAUGAAUUGGCAAGAACAAAUCAAGCAAUUCGUCAGAUGAGCAAAUCCAAUAAAUGGGAAGAAAAAGAGAUUCAGGCAGCAAAGAGGUCGCAUAUCGAAGCACACAUCCCUGAGAAUUCUCCAUUCACCCGAAAGGAAGGGUCGACAGUGAACUCCUCAGUCAGCACAACUACAACAACCACUGUUCUUCAUCAUUCGAACUCUCUGAAUCGUCAGAAUAUUCCGCCUCCACUUAAAAUUGAAAAUGGAAAUUCAGAUUCUUAUCAUGAUGUUCACCAUCAACAUGUACACUUCGAUAACGAGAAUUCUGAAAACAUCACCCUUCACAGCUCGAAAUCUGUCACUUCUUUGGAUUACCAACCAGUUAAUGUCGGUCAUGUUAAAAAUUUGGCAAAACUUUUCAAUAAGCACGACGAAAAGCCAAUCACAACUGAACAAGUGAUCUACCGAGUUCGGGCUGCUCCACCAGGACAUAACUUCCAGCAAGAAAUUAAGCCGCGCCCACGAUCAAUGCCACCAAUUCCAAUGGAUGAGAUUGAGUUGCAUGAGCAUGGACAGAGAGAUCAUUUGACACGACAUCAUCUAGAACUUCAUUCACCUGUUGAAGACCAUGGACACGAUUAUUCACUCGGUGGUGGAGUGGCAGUUGUUGUUAAUGAAAACUCUGGAAUCAACACAAAGACUCAUCAUACUCACAGCAUUCACCACAAUUCUCAUUAUCACUAUCAAAAUGUGGACGAGGAACCAACAAUCCGUGUGCGUCGUGUCUACAAAGCACUCGAGGAUACUUCAAUGCUCUCACCAAUUUCAAUGCCAGAUAACGAUGAACCGAUGUACGAUAUUCCAACCGAUGGGGUUCAUUGA